UUAGACAAACGCGAUGCUUAAGUAUAAUUUAAUUGUUGCGGUGUGCGAAAACUUUGGCAUUGGUUUCAAGGGCGACCUGCCCUGGCGUCUAAAAUCAGAGCUGAAAUAUUUCAGUCGCAGAACAAAGCGAAUCAAUGAUCCCUCCAAGCGCAAUGUCGUGAUCAUGGGCAGAAAGACUUAUUUUGGUGUGCCUCCCUCUAAGCGCCCACUGCCUGACCGUCUGAAUAUUGUACUAAGCACCACACUCACCCAGAAGGAGCUGCCAGAGGGUGUUUUGCUAUGCGGCAGCCUCGACGAGGCCAUGCAGACGUUAGAGAAAAAACCUCUGUGUGAUCAGGUGGAGAAUAUUUGGAUUGUGGGCGGCAGUGGGGUGUAUGCAGAAGCAAUGGAGUCUCCCCGUUGCCAUCGUCUCUAUAUAACUAAAAUCCAAGAGCGAUUCGAAUGCGAUACGUUCUUUCCCCAUAUUCCGGCGAGCUUUCACGAAGUAGAGCUCACAGAGGACACGCCUCAUGGCGUACAGGAGGAGAACGGCAUUAAGUUUGAGUACAAGAUAUUGGAAAAACGCGAGCAUAUAAUAUAAAACAAAAACAACAAA